AUGGCUAGUUAUCCGUACUAUUCUCCACCACCACCUUCCCUGCCACUGCCUCCACCACCGCCCCCACCUUCCAUGUAUACUUACUACUCAUCACCACCUCCACCUCCACCUCUAAGUAACGAAAAUACUACAACACUCCCACCACCUCCACCCCCGCCAUCCGUACCAUCACCACCAUGUAAUGAAACUACUCCAACUAUAUCACCACCUCUGCCGCCCCCACAAGUGCCCCCACCAUCACCACCACCGCCGUCAUCUUAUUACUACUCCCCAUCACAACCUUCACCACCGCCUCCAUCACCACCACCACCUCCCUCUUACUAUUCUCCCCCACAACUUUCAGUUCCAUCAUCUCCACCACCAAUAAUGCCGCCCAAAUAUCCAUCACGUAAGUAUCCACCGCCACCAUCAUAUCCACCCCAUCAACAUCCACCCCACGAACCAGCACCACCAUCACAUCCACCCCAUCAACACCCGCCCCACAAACUACCACCACCACCUCCUCCACCUCCUACAUUACCGCCACCUUCACAUCCACCCCAUAAACAUCCGCCCCACAAAUUACUAUCACCCCCUUCUUCACCACCACCACCGCUGCCACCACCACCACCACCACCACCACCUACACUACCGCCACAUUCACACCCACACCAUAAACAUCCACCUCCGUCACCUUCACAACCGUCACCUGCGGUGCCACCAUCGUCACCACCACCUAUGACACCUCCAUCACCUCCACCAUCUCAUCCACCACCUUCAAUAUCACCACCAUUACAUCCACCACCUUCACCAUCACCUUUACCACCUACUAUAGUGCCUCCUUCACACCCACCACCUUCAUCUCCGCCACCAUCACUUUCACCACCCCCAGUUCAGUCACCAUUAAGUCCACCACCUUUAUCUCCGCCACCAUCACAUCAACCACCUCCAGUUCAGCCACCAUUAAUUCAACCACCUUCACCAUUACCACCGUCGCAUCCGCCACCUUUAGUGCCACCUCCAUCAAGUCCACCAUCUCCGGUGCUGCCACCAUUACCACCUAGUCAUCCACCUCCUCCGGUUCCGGUUCCGGUUCCAGCCCCGUCACUAUCACCACCUAUACAACCCCCAUCAUACACACCACCACCUUCACCCUCACCCGAUUCAAUUGUCCCAUCACCUCAAAAUCCAGAAUCUCAAAAUUCAUCAUCUAAUAGCAAUCGCCAUGUUUAUAUUGCCACUUUUGUCUCGCUUGGUGGAUUGUUCUUUCUUGCGUUCCUUGCAGUUGGUCUCUUUUGCUUGCACAAGAAGAAGAAGAAGAAAAAGUCAAGAGCGGCAUACGGAGAUCAAGGUGUUUCUCAUCCAGAGGAGCAAGGAGAAGUUCAUGCAUUUCAGAGCAUCGCUGCUACUAACCAGAGUGUUGCUAUCAACAUCGAUGAUCAUAAUCCAAACCUUAAAGCCAAACCUUCUGGAAGUGGUGUUGACGAAGGAAAAGACGAUGAUCCAAAUAAAAAUCCUAGUCGCCGUAAACGUGAAACCCGUCGUCGUACAAGAGCACAAGGAAAAAGAGACUCCAUUGAGGAAAUAUCUUCGGAAUCUAAUGAUGAUGACGGAUCAGAUAAAUCUAAGGAUUCAGAUAAAAGUUCUCGUCGCCAGCGACGAGGUUCUAAUGGUCGCACUGAAAAACAAGAACCUAAAACAAAUCUGGAUCCUGAUCGUAAUGGUGAACAAAGUGCGUCUGCCACAAAUUCAGAAGAAGAUGAUGAUAAAUCAAAUGGUUCAGACAAAGAUUCUCGUCGUCGCAAUAAACGUGAGUCUGCUCGUCGUAGUCGCACGAGUGGCAACAAAGACAAUGAGCGAUCCACUUCCAACCGUGAUCAAUGAUGGCAAAACCUCCUACUCUACGGUCGUUUCCGUUCUCCUUAAAAUGCAUGUUAUUCAAAUUAUUUUGCUCGAGUAUUGUGAGCUGUGAUUGU